AAACAGAAGCCGUUGAUCGUAUUUACUAUUCAAUAAAAGUAAAACUUACAACGAAUUAUUUUAAAUUUUAUCCAAGAAUAUAUUAUUUAAACAGCACUUUCUGCGAAGGUACUGUAUGGACCUGAUCUGAAACAGAACAUAAAUCGUUUUCUUUGCAUCCGAAAUAUGAAUUCAGAUACUGGGACAACGACUGAAAUGCUUUCAAAAGAAGGAGUAUCAGACAAACUAUCUGAUGCACAACUUUUGAAAAAAUUUGCCAUAAAAGACUGUUAUAUAAGACUUGAUGAUAUAAGAUAUGAUGCAGCUGUCAUCAAAUCAUCUCAGAAAAUAACAGGAUCUAAUACACCUUUUGGUUUGAAUAGAGAAUUUCAAGGCUCAAAUUUUUCAGGAAAGCAAAAUGAGCAUGAAGUUAGAAUCAAUCCAUCUUGCGACACCAAAAGAUUACCAUGCAAUGGAACAAGUCCAAAUAUUAUAAUAGAUAGGAAAAUACCAUCAGUUACCAGAAGUUGCGAGUCAGAAGAAGAAAAAAUUUGGAAAGAAGGAUGUCUUAUGGAAAAAAGUGAUCCUUGGAAGCAUUUAAAUAGUGGUCACCUUCUCAAACCUUCUCAAACUAACACUUCACCACUCCAUUUGAAUAACAGAAAUGGAUCAAAGUCUAAAGUUUUAAAGAGAAAAACAUGCGACGUGUAUAUGGAGACAGAAAGUGGCAUUUUGGAAAAGCCGGAGAAGCGCUGUAAAAGAAAUGAGGAAAUCGCAGCUGAAAAAGCUGUAAAUCAUGAAAUUGAGAAAGAAAAAAAUAUUGAUUGCAUUUUAAAAGAAAAAUAUGGAAUCAAAAAUUGUUCUGUUGUUAUACCAAGACUUCCUCUUGAAAUCCCCCAAUUGCCUGAAAUCCCCCAAUUGCCUGAAAUCCCCCAAUUGCCUGAAAUACCCAAAUUGCCUGAAAUCCCCAAAUUGCCACAACCUCAAUCCUUUAAAGUACAUUACAGUCAACAAUUUUUGGAAGAAAUUGUUCAAAGAGCUUGCCCACCAGCUAGAAAAAACGUUAUAGACUUAGACAGGCUAUAUAAGGACACAGAACUCAGUCAGUUCUCAAGUGUAAGCCGUGAACAUUUGGAUGAAGAGAUAAUAGAAUUCGUGAAGCACAGAUCUGAACGUGAUGUAUCCAUUAAAAAGGGAGGUAGAAUUAUUUUUAGAAAUAGAGGAAAAUUGAAAGGACAAGGGACAAAAAGAAAGAUGUGGUAUGAUAUAAAUAAUUUUGUUAUCGUCGAUGAUACAUAUGCAGUCCGGAAACUUAUGAGAAAUAUAGAAUACCCCUUAGUUCUAGUAGAAAGAAAUGAAGAAGCCGCUUUGUUAGCCCGAAAACUUGUUAAACAGAAUAAAAUUGAAUUCGUUAACAUGUUUAGAUCUCCAUUAAGGAUCAAUGAAAUAUCACAACCUCCAUUAUUUCAAAUUCAUUACGGUGAACAAGUUUUGAAAGAAUCUUCUCAACGAGCUUACUUUUUAGCUAAAAAUAACGUUAUAGACUUAGACAUGGUAUAUAUGGAGUCAAAACCCAGUCAAUUCUCAAGUCGAGAAAAAUUUGAUAAAGAAAUAAUGAAAUUCGUAAAUCAAAUGUGUGGAUAUGAUAAGGAACCCGAUCAAAUGCCUAAAUCUCCAUUAAAGAUGGGUGAAAAAGCUCAACCUCAAUCCUUCCAAAUACAUUAUGGUGAACAUUUUUUGAAAACACUUGCAGAAAGUCUUUGCUUGUCUUCUGAAAAUAACAUAGACUUGGACAGUAUAUAUAUGGAGGCAAAACUUAGUCAGUACUCAAGUCGAGAAAAAGUUUAUCAUGUGAUAAAGAAAUUCAUAAAGCACACUGAAGAGAAUAAAACUCAACAACCCGACUCCAAUAAAUAUCCAUUAAAGAUAGAUGAAAAACUUCAGGAUUUAAAUGAUGAUGGUAAAAGUCUGCAAUAUGAAAAUCAUCUCGAAUUAAAUCCAACUGUUGAAUUAGAUGAAAAACUUCACGAGAUAUUGCUCUCUGACAAAGGUGAAGAAGGAAUACCUGACAGUCAAUGGCCUGAUGUCCUUCUGAAUUUCUUUAUGAACCCGAUUGAAAAUUAUAAUGUAAAAUGUCCAGUGACUUCAGUAACAGAAAUGGAUUGUACUCCAUUCCAGCUAAUUAAAAAUAAUGAUGAAAAUACAAAUAAAACAAAUGCACUGAAGGAAGUUACGCAUGGUGAGACUCCAGACUGUAAUCCACCGUCCCCAGUUAAAAAAUCUCCUCCGAGUAUGGAGCGUUCUGAUGAUGCCAAUGAAAAUUAAAACUAAUGCAGCAAAUGAAGAUGAUUAUGAUGAAGAGUCUGAAAAAAAAGAACUGUUUUUCAUAUUCAGAGGAAUGCUCUGUAGCAGAUCAGCAGUUAUGAUGACGCAUUAUGACAGCAUUUUGGAAACAUAUAAAAUCUGAUUUUCAUCUCAAUUCAUCAAAUCUCAUGUUCAACAUAUUUGUGUCGUUCUCUUGCUAAAGUAAAUUGACUUCCGAAAUAAAUAAAA